UCUUUAUUAGUCCACGUGGGAAAUGAAAUCAGCACGGUAACAAGCAAGAAACCUCGGAGUUUUCAUCUUACAGGAGGAAUUAGGGUUUUCCUUCCGGUUAAAAGGCUCCAUAAAUAUGCUCUAAAACUCCUGAAAACUUUAUCAAUUUGUUUGCUCCAUUCGUUUCUUUGUCCGCUAAUUUUUGGACGGGAUAAUUAUCAUUUUCCGGUGGCAGAAUUUGAUCGUUUGGAUCUCUCACGUUUUGAUCGAGGAAUAUUGCUCUACUUUCACAGCUUCUGAUUGAUGGAUCCUGAUAGCAAGAAAUUUGGAAGAGGACCAAGAGAACUUACAGGUGCAGUCGAUCUUAUUAGCCAUUACAAGUUGUUGCCUCACCACGAGUUUUUCUGCAAGAGAUCACUUCCCCUCUCCAUUUCCAACUCACAUUACCUUCACAAUGUGGUUGGAGACACAGAAUUAAGAAAAGGAGAAGGGAUGCAAUUAGACCAGCUCACUCAGGAUACAUCUUUUUUAAGAGAGACUAAUGUUCCGAUACAGCCAUUUGACUUGGAUGUUCUCAGAGAAGCCUUUCAAUUCAGGGAAAUGAUUCCAGUUGUACUACCUCCUUCUGAGAAGGGUACUCCUGUAAUCGCCAGAAAAUCUAAAAAUGAGUCUAAAGACAAGGAGAAGAAGCAUAAAAAGCACAAGGACAAAGAUAGGGAGAAAGAUAAAGAGCCCAAGAAGCACAAGCAUCGCCAUAAAGAUCGAAGUAAAGACAAGGAAAAGGAGAAAAAGAAAGAUAAUAGUGGCCAUCAUGAUUCUGGCACUGAGCACUCAAAGAAACAUCAUGAGAAGAAAAGGAAGCAUGGUGGAGAUGAAGAUAUCAAUGACAUUCACAAGCACAAGAGAAGUAAGCAUAAGAGCUCAAAGAUUGACGAGAUGGGUGCGAUAAAGGUUGCAGGCUGAAAAGGAGCAAGCGGUCUGUUAUUGUUUUUUCUGCUCUGAUGUAGCAGUUGAGAAUUUGAGGGAUCUAUUUCUUUCUAUUAAUCAAAUUAUCUGAGAAUUUUUUUUGGGCUUUCUAAAGAUUGCCCUAGAAGGUGAACUCACUUGUUGAAGUAGACUUUAGUUCGGGAAUGCUGAAAGUGAACUUUGUUGUAUCAUAGCAAGAACCUCAAGGAUAGUUUAUGCGUGAAAUAUGAUUAUAUGGUACAUAGGCAGUCAUCAUAGCCAAUCAAUGUUAGAUAUACUUGUAUCAGUUUAAAUGGUAGAUUUCAAACCAAUUCAUUGCUCUUGACAUCACUUCAACGAAAGAAUACCAUCAAUUUGGGUUAUGCUCGUGAUUCUUGUAAUGGGGGAUUUUGAAGUUAAGUUUCAACAUCUAUGGUAUGUAAUAUUCGUAGUUUCAUCACAUAUUUGAUUUCAACGAUUCUUCAACUGCGUAGAACAUGGCACAUGCCUUAAAAGCGCGGUUUUAGCAUGCAAGUUGGCUAUAGAAUCAUUGUGUGGCC